CUGAGAUAUCCAUUGGAUGGAUUCGUUAUCCCCAGAAUAUGAGUCGGAUCUCAGGAUCUUUGCCGCUCAGUAUUUCCAAGUCGUUGACGCGCAAAGUCUAAUUUUCCCGUCCAACCCGGUCCUCAUCAAACCUGCGGCCCAGAAAUGGGUUUACCAAAAUAUGUUCAACGAAGAUGUAAUCUGGCCAAUUCCACCAGCAAGUUACCGUACGCGUGUUCUUAAAGCUCUGUUGUCCAGGAUUGAAGACUCAAUUAUGGACCCUGAGGAGGAUGAGAUCUCUGACGAUCUCAUGGCUUGUUGGGGUGAUCUGAUUGCUCGCCCAAAACGGCCACCGCUAGAGGAAGCUCAGGAUUUGUCUUACAUCAAGUACUCACCGCCAGGAACAUUGGGCCGCGGAGAAUCCCAGGCUAUCGUAACGUCUGAGAAUCGUGGGCUCAUCCUGUCCUCAGGUACUACAGGAUUCCGCACGUGGGAAGCAGCUUUGCACCAAGGGACAUAUCUUUCUACCCCGGCGGGCAGGGCUGUGGUCUCAGGGAAAAACAUCGUGGAACUGGGCGCCGGCACCGGGCUGGUUUCAAUGUACUGCCUAAAAUACCUAGGUGCUAAGAGAGUCGUGGCUACGGAUCGGGAGCCGGCAUUGAUUUCUAACAUUGAGGAUUGCGUGGUACGAAACAACCUUGACUGUUCGAAAUUCCAUAGCCGUAUUUGGGAGUGGGGUAGACCCUUAGAACUUGCGGAUGAUUCAGGUGCAGAUCAUCCAACUACUUUCGAUGUUGCACUGGGCUCUGACUUGAUAUACGAUGCUGACCUCAUACCUGUACUUCUGUCAACAUUGCGUGACCUAUUUGAAAAUUAUGGUCUCAAGGAGUUUUUAAUAUCGGCAACGCUCCGCAACUGGAAGACCUUCACAAUGUUCCUCAAAUCCUGUGAAGCAAAUCACUUCCAUGCACAACCAAUCGACUUCAAUUCUCCUCCCCUGCAAUCACAGGAUGGCUUUUUCCAUAGCACCAAUGUGCCUAUCAGGACGUACAAGAUAACCACUCGCGAAGCCUAG